AGCCAUGAUAAGGGAGGGAUAAAGGAACAGUGGAUGAGGGGGGUGAAAACAUAUCAUAAAAGUUGAUUUAAUAGUGGGUUGAUAAGGGUGUUUAACCCCAUUGUAGCAUAGGGUCCGAACCUACCAUGGUGACCCCAUUUCUCUCGUACGAUAUAAGUGUUGUAUGGACUCAUUGGGAAAUGAUGGAAAAAGGCCUUCUUGUUCAGUUGUAUAUCUGAAGCUUUGGUUCCAUUUCUCUUCCCCUUCUUUGCCAACACUUUCUUCAUCUCUGUCUCUCUAUUUCUAUCUCUAUCUCUAUCUCUCUUUCUGAUAAACAAACCUUGUACAAGUACCAUCACUGUUGUUCUUAGUCCUCUCUCUGUUCUGUGCAUUAAUAUACCUAUAUAUAUAUAAGUACUCUGUUCUGUGUAUAUACCUCCUACCCACACUAGAAAAUAUGAGCUUUGAACUUCAAAAUUCAGAACCAGAAAGCAGCUCCAACUCAUUCUCAUCAUGUCCAUCCUCACCUGGGUUAACUCAGUCUCUCACAAAAAAACAACCCAAGUCACAAAACCCAGAACCCAAGAAGAUCAAGAGAAUCAGAGACUCCGGUAAAAACCCGGUUUAUCGGGGGGUCCGAAUGAGAAACUGGGGCAAAUGGGUAUCCGAAAUCCGCGAGCCACGCAAGAAAUCGCGCAUAUGGCUUGGCACCUUCCCGACUCCUGAAAUGGCGGCUCGAGCCCACGACGUAGCCGCGCUGAGCAUCAAAGGCAGCUCAGCCGUCCUCAACUUCCCCGAACUCACCGGGUCUCUGCCCCGACCCGACUCUCUUUCUCCCCGAGACGUCCAAGCCGCUGCUGCCAAAGCCGCCGCGAUGGACAUGUUCGGCUCGCCGGCGUCGUCAUCGGUUUCAGCUAUGGAGUCGUCGACGACUUCCGAUAAUGAACUGAGCGAAAUCGUCGAGCUGCCGAGUCUGGGAACGAGUUACGAAUCGGCCGAGUUGAACAGUGAGUUUGUGUACGUUGACUCGCUUGAUGGGUGGUUUUAUCCUCCGCCGUGGUUGCAGAGUGGUGAUAAUGAUUGUGAGUGUUUUUCCGACCAGGUGGCGGCGACGCCGGAGGGAGUAAUUCACAGUAGUUUUGAUGAGUCUUUGUUGUGGAAUUAAGGAUUAUUUUGGGACGUGGAUUAAAAAUAAUCUUUUUAAUUUUUUAAAUUAUAUUAUCUUUUUAUUUUUAUUUUAUUUUUUUUAAAAAAAUUAAAAAAAAUAAAAAAUUAAUUUUUAAUCUAUUUCCCAAAAUGGUUUAAUUAUUAACUGUUGUGAAUGUGUGCAAUAGUUAUUUUGUUAUUUUAUUUUUUUUUAUUUUCUUCUUCUUCAUUUUUAGCUCUUUCGCUUUUUCUUUGAAGGGCUAAAAGACUCUCUAUCUCUCUCUCUUGUCGUUGUAACUUCUUGAAUGAAUCUAACUGUACGGUGGUGUAAGGAGGAGGGGAAGUGGAAAUGACAUAAAUAACCUUCCUUGGUUGGUGUACAGUAUAUGCUACACAUUAAUUUCC